CAAACACAAGCGGUUUUUACCGUACAUAAAUUGUGCGGGCGCAUUUGGAUUGGCGACACUGCACUCAUUUAAAGAUUGAUAAAAUAAAUAAUAAUAAAUAUUGUAAAAAUGAUAAAAUGAUACAGUUUUCGUGCAAUUUUUUUACUCAAUUUAAAAAGUAAAUAAUGUUUAUAUUUUUAUUUAAAGUUACCUAAAUUAAUUUGAUAUGUACUCUUUUCAUUAAAAUUUAUCCUCCUACUUACGAAAAUUUAUAUUAUUGAUGACGUGUUGUCGUGGUACCACCUGUAAGUAUUAAUUUGUUUACUUACCGUUUUUUGUAACUUCUUAAAUAGGUAAUUACAAUUUUUUUUGCCUCAGUUUUACAGUAUUCAGCUAUUAGAUAAUGGCAAGUGUCAGGGACAGUGACAUAUCAUUAUGGUUACACAACAAAUUGGGCACGACCAGCGAUACAUGGAUAAGUGGCUCAAUAUGUACACAACUGACAUCCGAUGUGUUGCGUAACAUAAAAGAUUGUUUCCCUGAUUUACAAACACAAGUUAAACUCAAAUUAUUAUUAUCGUUUUUUCAUAUUCCACGAAGAAAUAUAGCAGAAGUAAUGACUCAUUUCUAUUGUAUUAGAUGUGAACUAUUUUUUUUAAAACUGAUUAUUUGCUUUUAGUGGCGGACAGAACUCGAAGAAAUUUUAGAAGUGGCUUGUGUAGAUAGCGAACAAUGGGUUUCUAUGUUAGCUGAAAUGAUGAAAACAUUCCCAUCAACUGGUAGUCUUAAUGUAACAGAAUUUUUUCAUAAUGAAGAUAACAACAGAAUAUUUAAUGAUCUGAUAACAGAUUUAAAAAAAAUAGGUGUGCAUUAUUCGUUGUUUGUUGAUUUUAUUUGCAAACCAAGAAUCUAUUAAUAUAAAUUUGGAUUUUAUGUUUCUAUAGUUAGAAAAAAUAUGGAUUAUACAAUGUUGCCUUUAGAAUGUCUUUAUUUGAACAAAAGUGCUUUAGUUAAUGUAGUCGGUCCACCGGUAAGUAAAUAUUAAAACAAACACAUAGCACAUAAUUAUAAUUAAUUCAAUGUUAAUAUCGAAUAAAGGAUUAAUUAAUCUGUAAAUUAUCAAUUACUAAACAUAAUGUGGAUUUAUUAGAUAGCUAUGCCUAUCAACCAUAAAUUAACUUGAUUUAACCUAAUGUAAUACGUAUAACAUUUUAUCAAAAGGUUAAAAAUCAAUUUCCUUUUAGUACUUUUUAAAUUAUUAUUAUUUGUCAUUCUUAAUCAAUGUUUUCGAGUUUAACAUUUUAUGGUUAAUUAUGAUUUUUUAUUGUAUUUGUUGUAAUUCUUUACUUUAUGUUAACUAUUUGUCAAAAUUAGCCAUUGUAUUAAAAAUCAAGGUCACAUGAUCUAAAUAUUUUUUUAAAACAAUAAAUAUAUGUAUAGUUAUAAUUUUUUAUAUUAUUGUAUUUUGUUGGUCAACAGCCUACCGCAGUCAAACAUUUCAAUUUAAAAAGAAAACCUAAAGCAGCUGCUAUCAAAGCCGAACUAAUGAAUAAAGCUAAUGAUGCAGCCAAUAAUAUAAAGAAACAUGCAGCACCUACAGUUCCAGUACGAUCGAGAGGCAUGCCUCGUAAAAUGACUGAUACGAGUAUAUUAAAUUUGUUAUUAUAUAUAUCAUUAUUAUUAUUUUUUAAUGUAAUAAUUCAUAUAAUUAUAUAUAUACUUUUUGUAGCGCCUUUAAAAGGUAUACCAAGCCGCUCGUUACCUAGUGGUGGAUUCCGUUCUAAUCCGAUAAAUAGCACUAUGACUACUCCCGCGAGACCUGGUGUUCGUAAAGACUGUGGUAUUAAAAUAUUAGAAAUUACUGAACAACCUAUUGGUUACGCUCAAGCAAAAAAACGCAAGAAGGCUGGUAAGUUAUUUUUUGUUAAUCAAAUUUUGUUAAAAAAUAAUAAUUUACAUUUAACCUUUAGAAAUGGAAGAAAACAAACGUCUUUUGGAAGCCAAUAAUGUAUCGACUUCUGGAACUACUUGUCAACCAAAUUCUAAAACCGAAGUCACAUCUACCACUCCAGAUUAUGCUGCUGGUUUAGCCCCAUUAAACCCACCGACUCCAGCACCAUCUACACCACAACAUGUACCUAGUUAUGUAGCACCUUCUACGCCUUUACCAACAGAACCAGUAAAAGAAGAGCCUGCAAGUAUGUGUGAUUAUAAUAGUGACUUCUUUUUAACGCCAUUAAAACACAUAUUCCUUUUAAUACAUAGAUAAAAAUAUAUAAGACUUCUAAAAAUUGAAUAGUUAAAUUCACAAUUAACUAGUAUUUAUGUGUAUUUUUCAAAUAUUACUUAAUCUUUAAAAAAGAAAAUCAUAAUAAUUAUAAUUCUUUUUAUUUCCAAAAUCCGUUAAAUGAAACAUAAAAGUAGUUAAAAUAAUAAUAAAUAUUAACAUUAAGUCAAUACUGACAUUAGUAUUUUUAUUUUGUGUGAUAUUUACAAUGCGUAUAAACAACACUAACUUUGGCUCAUUUAUUUAAAAUAAUUAUUUUGUCAUAUUUAUUAAUUUAUUUUGUUUUAAUUCUUUAUAAAAUAAUAUAAAAGUUAUAAAAAAUAAAUAAUAAAAUAAAAAUAGUUAAAAAAAAAUGAGUUGUAUAAUAUUUUCUGUUUGGUUUAAAUGUCUUUCAAAAAUACACAUGAUGUAAUGUUAUUAUAUGGUUAAUAUAUAGCUAAGUACAUGUUAUCAUUAUAGUUCCUUGUAGUAGUAGAGGAGGGGAAAAUCAGCUUAAUGUAUCAGAUAGUUUUUCAUUAUAUAGAUUCGAUAGGUAGUACAUACUCUGUUUUUUUUAUCUAAACUAACAUUUAUUUCUAAAAACCUUAAAAUUGCCGCGUAUAUAUUUUUGUAUUUUAGUAUAAUAAUGUAAAUAAAUUUAAGAGGGGUGUUCGAAUUCCUUGGAACUCCUCAGAUAUAACUUAGAUAAAUUUCAAAAUAUUUCUUAUGACUGUUAGGGACACUGUACAUAUGAUUAACAUUAUUAAAAAAGACCUCUAAUUAUUACAUGAUAUUAAAUUAUUCAGAUCUUAUAUAGUGAUUAUUUUUUUUUUCUUUUGCAAAAUAACUUGAUAAGUACAAUUUGCCAAGAUAAAUUAAAUUGUUAAAAUUUGUUUUUGCCUUGUUUCAUUUUUAAAAAAAAAUUAUUAUUAUAUUUUUAAUAUAACUUUAUAAGGUUAGGUUAGAUUAGUACUAAUAGAACUAAUAGUACUUAUUAUCAUUAUAUUAAAUUUCCAUUAUAGUAUAUACUAUAUGUUUCAUAUAGUUCAAUAUUUUAUAGUUGGCAGAGAAAUCCCAUUUUUUACCAUUUAUUAAAAAAAUAAAACGUCAACUUAUCAACUUGUUUAAUACAUAAACGAAAGUUUUUUUCUAAAUCAUCAAAUUUAAAUUCUAAAUAUUUAAAAUAAGUAUAUUUAACAUUUAAAUAAAAUAUUACAUUUUCAAUUUACUUGUAGCUGUUUCAAGUGCUACACCACUUGCCGAAGAAUCACCACCUGCUGCAGUCGCUUCAAAAGUCAUUCAUGUAAGUAAUCAAUAUUUUCAUUAAAUUUGAUCGCUUAUAUUGCACUUCAUUGAGGAAUGUUUAUUUUUAACUAUAUUAUAUUUUUUUUUUAUCUUAGUCACCAAUAGUGCAAAUGCAAGUUCGUCCACAAACGGCCCAAGUUGGUGUAUCUACAACAACUGCAAAUACUACUCCAAUACAGCUUUCUCUAACGGUAUGCCCCAAUUAUAUUAAAUGAAAAUUAAUUUUAUUUGUUAAAUUUUUAAAUAGGUAUUUAUUUUUAUAUAUUUUUUAUUACUACAGAGGAGCCAAAUGAAAGAAGCGCAUGAUAUGUUUAGAAAUUCCAAUAAAGUAACUCGUCCAGAGAAAGCUCUAAUAUUAGGUUUUAUGGCCGGGAGUCGAGGUAAUUUAACUCAUGUCAUUAAAGUUUCUAAUAUUAUGUUUUUUCAAUUAAUUUUAAUAUAUUUUUAGACAAUCCAUGUCCUCAAUUGGGUAGCCUAGUAACAGUAAAAUUAAGUGAAGAUCAUGAGACUGUACUACAGAAUGACCACACCUUAGUAAACAUGUUAGUUGAAACUCAUUUCCAAAUGAAUUAUAAUACAGGCGAAUGGAAAAGAAUAAAGAAAUAUAUCGAGUUAGAUCAAACAAGUAUGCCAGUAGCCAGUAGUCAACUCGCUGCAUUGGCAGCAGCUGCCACUGCAUUACAAAAUCAAUCUUAAUGACCUCAAAUCAUUAUUUUAGCUGCUUAAAUGUAAAAAAAAAAAACAACUUUCCAUUGUACAAAAAAAAAAAAAAUAAUAAUAAUGAAAAAAAAGACUUAUGCAUCAGUAAGUUACACAUAAUGUUUUUUAUUGAAUGAGAUGAACAUUUUUUUUAUAUAUAACAAUCCUAAAAUCUACAAACGAAUAAAAACAUUACAAGACUAAUGAACGUUACAUAAAUAAAUUACAUUUUAAACUUUUUACAUUUUAAACUAUUGUAUAACUUUCCAACAACAUAUUGCUCUUUGAUCAUCUGGAGCUUCAUCAAAUAUUUUUCUUCCAUCAGGUGUCACAUAUUUGUUAAUCUGGUAAUCGUGAAGUAUUUUAUAACCGAACACGUUUGCUCCGAGUUGCUAAAACA